CGAUUAUACCGCAAACAAGACAGGAAGCAAAUUAGGGACUUUUUGCUUUUUGACAGAAUGAUACAUUUUUAUUUUUAAACUGCUUUGAAGCAGAUUUGCAAUAUGUCUUUGCCAAAACUUAAAGAAGAAUUUCCACUACAUAUGAGUGUAUGGAACAAUAAUUAUAACGAACUAGAAAAUGAGUUAGAAAGUAAACUGUUCGACAUUGAAAAGUUAGAUCCACGUGGUCGAACUCCACUGCACUUGGCUGUUUCUCUGGGUCACAUUGAGAGUGCUCGAGUGCUUCUGGAGCAUGGAGCGGAUGCUAAUGCUGAAAACAAAGGAUACUGGUCAGUGCUACACGAAGCAACAGCAGCAGGUGACCCAGAGCUCCUACAGCUGAUACUGAAAAACAGAGAUCAUCAGAGGGCUUCACAGCGCUCCCUUGGCGUUCCAGAAUUACUACGGAAACUGAAAGAUUCUCCAGAUUUCUAUGUUGAAAUGAAAUGGGAAUUCUCAAGUUGGGUGCCCUUGGUUUCAAGAAUGUGCCCCAGUGAUACAUAUCGAGUCUACAAGUCAGGUUCCAGCGUGCGAAUAGACACAACUUUGCUUGGCUUUGAUAACACCACUUGGCAAAGAGGCAGCCGUAGCUAUGUUUUUAAGGGCAUGGGUAACUCUGCGACUAUGAUGGAAAUAGAUCAUGACCAGAGGCAGGUGUUCUCAGAGAGCAUGCAGUUGGAGGAGGAGCCCCCAGACAUCGAGCACAUGGCUCCCUCCCAGGAAGCAAUAGCAGCACGCCUCACCUCUCCUGUGAUGACAACAUAUCUGGACACAGAGAAAAUAGCCUUCGAAAGGAGCAAAUCUGGAAUUUGGGGUUGGCGGAGUGAUAAAACAGAAACAGUUAAUGGCAGAGAAGCCAAGGUAUUUAGCGCCUCAAAUGUAGAGCUAAUCACAAAGACUCGAGUGGAACAUCUGCCAGAGGCAGAUCGCGAGAAAUGUCGCAAGAACAAGACACCAAUAGAAUCAUUCCUAGGUGUAGCAGAGGAGCACAGCAAAACACAAGGAGCAUUCAAUGGGGAUAUAUCGGCCCAGGCCAACAAUCCCUGUUCAAUAACCCCAGAGGAAUACUUCAACUGCAUGAUUGAUCUUGGAGAUCGGGACAUCGGGAGGCCCCGGGACCAGACCACUAAAACACAGAAGUUCAAGGCAUCUUUGUGGCUUUGUGAAACAUAUCCACUGUCCCUUCAGGAGCAAGUUGUGCCUAUCAUAGACUUAAUGGCAGCCAGUAAUGCCCACUUCAAGAAAUUGAAAGAUUUCAUAACACUGCAACUUCCAGCAGGAUUUCCAAUCAAAAUUGAAAUUCCAUUAUUCCAUGUUCUGACGGCAAAGAUUACAUUUGGGAACAUAUUUGCUGUGGACAACCCAGUAGAUGGUGUCUCAAACAUCCAGGAUGCUGGUUACAUGUGCUGUAAUAUAGAGGACAGCUGCUUUGAGUCCCCACCAGGGUAUAUAGGACUGGGCGACGCCCAUCAUGAGAGGUUGAGGGACGAGGAUGAUGCAUUACUGCAGUUUGCCAUACAGCAGAGUCUCAUGGAGUCAGGCGUCGACAGUGAUCAGAUUACAUUCUAUGAAGCAUUACAGAGGUCUCGCCCUCGCAGCUCCCGAGCUCAAGAGGAGGAACGACUUCUACAACAAGCCAUAGCAGAAAGUAUAGCCCUUCAGAGCGGGAAGCCCUUUGUAUCCGACCCUAUACCUGAAUACAGUCCACUAGAGGAGCAGAGCGAAACACAAAUCGGCCUAAUCGAUGACCAGUUGAGAGUUGCUAUGGCAAUAUCUGAGCGGGAAAAUGCUGAGGCUGAGAGGCGACGAAAGCAAGAAGAAGAGGAGCUGAACCGAAUACUAGAACUGUCUCUGCUUGAAAAAUAGUGUGCCAAGCCUGGUGUGAUGGAAUACUUCCGCAGUUUAAUUUAUAAGCAAAAUCUUGUGAAUUGUAAGAAAAUGUCUAAACAUUAUUGUUGGUAUUUUUUUUAACCUGUAUAAAUUGUGCUCACUUGAUUUGUUUAAAAUUAAUGAUUACGAAAUAUCAUAUAGGAGUCAUUGUUAGCUUGUAACUGAAUAUCAAAAUCAAUGUUAAAUGGAUUAUGCUUUACCAUAGUUGUCUGGUAAUCACUUUAACUCUUUCAAAAAUUAGCAACAUUGUGGCCAAACAAUGAUAUUGCUUAUUGCAUGUUUUCUGUCUUACAGCUGAGCUAAGUCUGGAUGUUGUUUGAUAUGCAUAAUGGAUAAGGCAUGUUACAUUGUUAUUAUAGAUAUUGUACUUUCCACCGAUUACAUUUUAUGAGUACAUGACAGCAAGGUAAUGUGUUGUUAGUUUCAAUGAUUUUUUUUUAUUUGAUACAUUUAUUAAAAUGUUUUUUUUAUAAUGAUACUCAUAGAUGUAUUUUUCCGUUCCCUGAAAUAAUAAUUGUGCUAGGUAAUACAGAUGACACUUUUGUUGAUACAAAAAUGGUGCACUUGUAUCUUUCUUUAUAAGUGUAUUGCUCUGUUUAUACGCAGUGGCCAUAUUGUAUGAAAAUCUCAAAUCCCUAGCCAUAAUAUAAUUUUAGUUAAGGUAUACUGGUUCAUCUAAUUAUGUGUAUUCAAACAAUAGUAAUUGAAAAUGUUUGUCCAAAAUUUUACAUAACACAAAUGGAACUAAAUUAAUAUAUUUUUAGGUUCUUUUUUUAAGUGUCAGCAAUGUCAUGUGAAAGUGAUUAAUGACAGAACUAUCAGGAUAAGUUAAUAAUGACAUGAUAUAAGGACAUUUACUACAAACAUGAAUAUUUGUCUUACAGGAACUUGUUCACAGUUUAGAAAAAAAUACAAUUUCAAAAAAUUGUCAAAAAAUUCAACUUAAAAAAACUAGUCCCUAGGGUAAGGAUGGGCCCAUGUUCUUAUUUGGUCUCAAAACUCUUUUGAAGUAAAAAACUGUUCAGGAAAUAAUCUCACUUUAGAUGACCUUGUUGGGUGAUACAUGUGACACUCAUUCAUGUGAUGUUUGUCAUUUGUGGUAAGUCUUUUUAAGUGCAUGAUGAAUGACAAGGUUAUAGUGUGGACUAGCUCUUACAAUGACCUUGAACUCAAGGUAGGAAGACAAGUGAUACAACUUGCCUUUGAAUGGUUUACACUUGUGCAGACUGCAGUUACAAAUCUGUUUUUAGUUAUUGCACACUGUUGUGUUUUAUUAUUUUUUCUUGAACAUACCUUAUAUUCUAAAUGAAGUAUGAGCUUGAAAUGUCAUAGGAAGGUAUACCUUAUUCAGGAGAUACGCAGCGCGAAAGAAACAAAACUCGUUUUAUUUAAAAAUAAUUAAAUUCAGAUACUCACUGUCCACUCAACACCAAUUCAUUGAAUUUUCCAGUGGCAUCAAGUUGUGUAAGCAGUGUUCGAUGGACAUAUUUAUUGUUUUAUGUAUUGAUUUAAUGUGAUAUUUUGUUGUUAUUGAUGUAAUGUGUAAUAAAUGUGCACCACUGAAA